CUACAUUAUUGUAUGAGUGAGUCAUUGUACCCUAUUUACUGAGCAUUCUUGUCCGGUCCUUCUCUAUUGUUGCCGUCCCCGGUUCUGUACUCUGCAGUGUCUUCAGUGAAUCAAAUCAAAGCAUUGGAGCACGUAUGUUAUUUUUCCAGUAGUGUUUCGGUAACGGGACGGAGUGACGUUGAAAUACGCUAUGUCUGGAACUCCGACUAAAUCUGGGAAUCCACUGAUGGCCAAGAUGAAAAAGGACGAAUCUUUUCUGGGUAAAUUAGGAGGGACGCUGGGACGAAAGAAGAAAGCUAAAGAAGUGAGUGAUCUCCAUGAGGAGGGGAAGAAUGCCAUCAACGCUCCCCUGCUGCCGUCCAGCAUCGAGAUCCACCCUGAAGACACGCUGAUGGAGGAGAACGCUGAGAGAGUUAUGCUCGACCCAACGUCGAGGGAAACCCACAAGUUCAAAGAUCUUCUCAAGGUCCUGAUAGACUGGAUCAACAGUGAGCUGGAGGAGGACAGGAUCAUAGUGAAGGAUCUGGAGGAAGACUGCUAUGAUGGACAGGUGCUCCAGAAGCUGUUUGAGAAGCUGUCGGGCAGGAAGCUGAACGUGGCGGAGGUGACCCAGUCGGAGAUCGUCCAGAAGCAGAAGCUACAGACGGUGCUGGAGGCGGUCAACCUGCUGCUGAGGCCCCACGGCUGGCCCAUCGAGUGGAGCGUUGACUCCAUCCAUUCCAAGAACCUGGUGGCCAUCGUGUUCCUGCUGGUCUCCCUGGCCAUGCACUUCCAGGCCCCCAUCCGACUCCCAGAACACGUGUCCGUACAGGUGGUGGUGGUCAAGAAAAAGGACGGACUCUUGCAGACAGGUCAUAUCACAAAGGAGCUGACCACCACCACAGAAAUGAUGAUGGGUAGAUUUGAGAGAGAUGCGUUCGACACUUUGCUGGAUCACGCACCUGACAAGCUCAACGUUGUGAAAACGUCUCUCAUCACCUUUGUCAACAAACACUUGAACAAGCUGAACCUUGAAGUAACAGAGCUGGAAACGCAGUUUGCAGAUGGUGUUUACUUGGUUCUGCUGAUGGGUCUUCUGGAGGAUUACUUUGUGCCUCUCUACAAUUUCUUCCUCACCCCCGAGAGCUUUGAACAGAAGGUGCACAAUGUGGCGUUUGCCUUCGAACUCAUGCAGGAUGGAGGACUGAAGAAGCCAAAGGCCAGACCAGAAGAUGUGGUGAACCUGAACCUGAAGUCGACGCUCAGAGUCCUGUACAACCUCUUCACCAAUUACAAGAACUCAGACUGACACCAGCUGCCGUAGACCCCGCCCUAACGAGGAUGACACUGUUCUGUGUCUGUACCAAUUGCAUCACUUCCUGUCGUCCGACGGGCGGCAAAACAAGAACGGCUGGGAGGAGAAGAAAAACAGAAAAACAGAAAACGUAGCGCUAGUUUGGAUUUGAAAAAACCCUCGGGAGACGAUGACCUCUCGGAACAUCUCUGGUUUACGUUGAGGCUUUUCCCAAAUGUCACCGUUUAUUUAUUCCUUCCUGGUAGUGAGGAAAUGUCUUCUGUGACAUUCAGCCUUGGUCUAUAAAUAUAUCGCGAUGACAGCAGAAAGUAUGAAGCCUGAAAGUUUUGACUAAAUAACACUGAUUGUACUUUAUUUUUUAAAGAAAUACAACUAUUAACCCACACCGCUGUAUGUCGAGACAGUGUAAAGGGCUGCACACUCGGUCUCACAAAUGUACUUUUAUAUUCUUAUCGCCAAUUACUACUGCCUUAUUUAUAUACAUAUAUAUAUAUAUAUAAAAUAUAUAUAAUAUUACUCUGCUUUAAAACAAAUAGAUCAACAAAGUUGAGACGAUUUCCGAUGCUAUCUAGGCCAUACCGCUGGCUGAAGCUACACGUGCUAUCAGUGUAAUCAUGGAUUUAUAAUGAGAGGAGCUAUACUGUACGUUCUCUCCCUGUACAUGCCGAGACACUGUCAGCGCAUCUCCUCAUUGGUUCGGCUCCUUUCCCUUACAAGUCCCAGCGCAGGGCCCUGGCCUCUUUCUGGUCCUCUGAGGCUCUGCCAAGUCAGGAGAGCCGUGAUAUGACACAGCCUUUACUUUACAGCCAGCUCUGCUUCCUACUGAGGAUUAAUUAUGGAGAACCAGGAGAGAGACAGAGAAUGAACCAAAUGCCUGUUGGACUUGCUUCAAGUAGCCAGCUCACGCCUGUGCUUAUUUAUCUGUGUAAAAAAGGAAUAAACGUCUGAAUUUUA